CCGAAUGGUAUUCGAGUAAAAUUUCUCCACCAAUGGCCCCCGUUGCAACACUCUCUCUCCUCCUCUCUCUCUUCCUCUCUCUCUCUCCCCUUUCCUUCUCUCUUAAUCUGCGCCGUCCAAUCCCAUCCCUAUCCGACGGUCGCCAGGUCCUCUCCUGCUCCUUCACCUCCUUGUCCUUCGCCGAUCUCGACCGUCCAUCUUCCUCCUCCUCCGCCGCCGCCGACAUCCACGAUCUUCUCCCGUCGUACGGAUUUCCGAAAGGUCUUCUCCCUGAUAAUGUGAAGUCUUUCGCUAUCUCAAACGACGGCGAUUUCACCGUCAAGCUUCGUUCCGAUUGCUAUGUCCGAUUCGGCGACGAGCUCGCCUUCUAUGACAAGAAGAUCUCCGGAAAGCUCAGCUAUGGAUCCGUGAAGGACGUCGAAGGAAUCCAGGCGAAGAAACUCUUCGUUUGGGUACCCAUUACGGCGAUGGAAUCGGAUCCGAGUUCGGGCACGAUAGCGUUCACCGUCGGGUUCUUGUCGGAGAAGUUGCCGGCGAAGUUGUUCGAGGAUGUUCCGACUUGCAUGAACAAAUCGGCUUUUGAAGAAGAAUCUGGGUUGGUUCAAUCCGCCUCGGAUUCGGAUGCCGUUGAUUCGAUCAGAUUGAUCAGAACUGGAUUUGAUUCGGAAGAUAACAAUGGAGGAACAUGUUGCCCUAAUAUUGCCCCCAUUCACAAUCACAAAACAUGUGAACAGAAACAGAACAGAGGCAACAAUGCUAAACCAUCCAUACAAUGUUCCUAAGAUUUUGACGAACAUGGAAGCUAAGGCAAACAAAGGGCAAAAUGCGUUGAGGGGCGUUCCAGUUUUCAUCCAUGGAUCCUCUGAACAUGGCUUCCAUGGAUAAAGUUGAAGACUUUUCAAGCUUGAAGUACCUGGCAAUGCACAAUAUAGCUUUUCAAUGAUCUACCGGUGAUAGUCGACCAUAUUGUCCUGAGAAUUCCCUUGGAAUGGCCUUUUCCAGCUAUGUUCUCCCACAGGCGAGUGUGGGUGCUGCUCUUGUCAGGGCUCCACACAUCGACCAGACUCAUGCUCAUGUCGUCCCAGAUAAUACAAAGCCUACCACCGAGUGGACAAGAGCCUCAGCGUCGAGCGACCUGAAGAUUUGAUGGAGCUUGCUGUCCAUGAACUUGUUCCAUGAAUUCGUGGAUCCAUCGUACACUGCAGCCACCUCCACCGUCCAACGCAUAAAGGCGCUCGUUUAGAAAGGUAAGGGCUUAGCCGGCCAUUCACCAUUCCAUCCCAGACCCAGUUCCAGGAAUUAGUUUCUGGGUCGUAUGCUGCACUCAUGUUUACUUGGCGAGGCCCGCUGCCCUUGAGAAACCACUUCCACUCAUAAACCGCACCGAAAAGGGGCAACAUUGCCGGGAUGAUAUCAGCAAUGAAACUCCGCCUAUUCUUGUUUGGAUCAUAAACCUCAGCCGAGGAAAGAUAAUGUUGAAUUCCUUCACAUCCCCCGCUCGCUACAUACAGACAAUUCUUUAUAACACAAGAUAUGAAGUAAUUGCGUUUCCUGAGCAUAUCAGGUGCCCUCCGCCACUUGUUUGUCCUAGCAUCGUAGAAAACGAGACUUCUCAUAGUCCCUGAGGAUCGUUCCCAUCAAACAAGUAUAGAUGACAGCCGCUUAGAACAGCACAACCAAACCCUACAGCCUUGGAGUAUUCCCUGGGGACAGAUGGAAGCGGCCGCUAGAGCUGGUAGACCGGA